UUGGUUAUGAAAUUCAUCACAGCUGAUGAGAAAAAACAGUUGCAAACAGUUGUAAAUAAUUUUCAGGCCAACGACAUUUUGUUUGUGUCAGUUAUUGAUAAAGAAAAAAAUAAUAAAUCAACAACAAAAAAAUAUUGAAGUUACAUGAAAGCGCUGCCUUAAAAUCGUCGUGCGUGUUUUUUUUUUUUUUUCUUGAAGAAUUUGAACCAACCAACCACACAAAGCACACACAACAACAACUUUUCACAUUUUACUUUGUGAUCCUGUCUGAGCCUGUUCACUCGUAUUUUGUUUUAAUUUAUUUUAUCAUUUUAACAUUAAAUUGUCAUUGAUUAUUGUGUUUAAUAAAAUAAUAAAAAAAAUGUCUGCAAUAUUAUCAACACCACCAAUGGCAAAUCGUGAACGACGAAGUUUUUAUGCAUCUCCUGUUGAUCGUAAAGCAGCACUUCGAGAUGCAUUAAAUAAAGCAACAGAUUUACAACAUCAUGCUGAUCCAGAAGCUCUUGAUAAUUUGACUGAAAUGGUUGAGAGGGUUGAUGAAAUUCAUCAUGAUUGGGAAAAUGCUGCGACUGAAGAAAGAAUUGAAAAUUCAGAUCAAGUUUUGAUUGAUUCUGAAGUGAUGACAUUAUCAUCAAAUAUCAUUCAAAGCUGUAUGAAUUCAAUGUCCAAAGAAAUGAGUCAAUACAAAAGAUCUGAUUUUGUCAAAAAAAUAAUAUCUUUUGCUAUUGGUCUUGCUGAUGAACCACAUGAUGAGCCAAAUUGGAAACUUCUUGAACCAAAUAUUCUUUGUUUAUUUAAAAAUACACCACAAGUAUCAAUGCUUUUAAGUAGCAUAAAUCCAGUUGCUAAACCAGAAGCAACACGUAGAAAUGAAACAGCUGUUGCUCAACGUCGUUUAAAUCGUGAAAAAGAAGCUAAAGUAACAUUAAAAAAACCUGAUACAGUAACAGUACUUGAAAAAGAAGAUACUACUGUUGAACAAACAGUUACACAACUUGCUAAAAAAAUAAGAAUGAUUUAUAAUGAUACUGGUAAACAACCAAUGAAUUAUUUUAAAUUGGUUCUUAAUCCACAUGAUUUUGGUAAAACAAUUGAAAAUAUUUUACACACAGCUUUUCUUGUUCGUGAUGGACGUCUACGUAUGCUUCGUGUUGAAGGUGAAGCUGAUCUUUGUGUUAUGCCAACAUCAAACAGAGAAAAAGAAGAAGCAGAAAAUAAAGGAAUUAACGUCAACAUUCAAAAUAUGAUUAGCAUUAAUUAUGAACAAUGGGAACAAUUGAUUCAACACUACAAUAUCACUGAGCCAACUAUUGACUUUUAAAAUAACUUUCUUAAAAAAAAAAAAAAAAUACUCUGUUCAAGAUUAAAUAGUAUUAUUAACGUUUUUGUGUUGUUAAAUUCCUUCAUGGAUUACUUGUUCAAGUGAUGAAAAAAAAAAAAAGAAAAGUAUUUAAAUAUUAUUAAUUAAUCAAUAAUUAAGUGUCAUUAUUUUUUUAUAAUAAAAAUUAAAUAUUUGAUAAUACUUUGAUAAUAACAUGAUAAUUAAUGUUAUAAUAAAAACUUUUAAUAAAUAAAUAACUAAUGUUU